AUGAAUACCAAUGACAUAAUUUAUUAGUAAUAGCAGGAGUAAUAAGAAAGAAAACCAAAUUUUAUAGAAAAGUUGUGUUCUUGCAUCUAUUAUUUUCGCAAGAAAUCUAAUAAAACGAAUGACAAGUAUCAACUUGGAAUUGACACUCCAAAAUCACAUAGCAGAAAAGUAUGCGUUCUAGAUUUAGAUGAAACACUAGUCCAUAGUUAAUUUAAAGCAGAGAACGAUCAUGAUUUUUCGCUAGAUAUCAUAGUGUAAAGUCAAUUAUUUAAAGUUUAUGUGACAGUUAGACCUGGUGUUGAAAACUUUAUUGAUACUUUAAGCGAAUAUUUUGAAGUUAUCAUGUGGACUGCUAGUUUGAAAGAAUAUGCAGAUCCUGUUAUGGACAUUAUAGAUCCCUCACGAAGAGCUUUGACUAGAUUAUAUAGAGAAAGUUGCACUCCUAUUCAAGGAGGAUUAACCAAAAAUCUAAGCAAACUGGGGAGAAACUUAAAGGAUGUCAUAAUCAUAGAUAAUUCCUAAAUGUCUUUUAUAUUUUAAUAAGAGAACGGAUAUUUGAUCAAAGAUUUCAUUGCAGAUAAAAAUGACAACGAACUAGAGACUCUAUUACCAUUUCUUAUUUGGUUAAGUUAGUAAAAUGAUGUUCGUCCAGUCUCUUAAUUAUUUAAAUAGUAUUUUAUGAAUGAAUCGAUAUAAAGAAAACAUUCCAAAAGACAGAUACUCUCAUAAUCCAUGAUUUUGAAUAAUCAGAACAGCAAUAAAAAGUUGGAUACCAAAGCCCAAAGAACUCACACUGUUAAUCAUUGUGAUAUAGAGGAAAUCGAAUUGAGAGCUGAAGCAAAUAUAAAUUCUCCUAACAUUGAGAUGAAACUAAAUGAUUAAACUGAUGAUGAAAGUCGUGAAACAUUUGAAAUAAGUAAUUGUUGA